CUGCUCUGAUGACCGCACAGUUCGCAUCUGGAGCACCAAGGAUUUCUUGGAGCGGGAGCACCGAUCUAUGCGGGCCAACGUGGAGCUGGAUCAUGCUACCUUGGUCCGCUUCUACCCAGACUCUAGGCAGUGACUCUCCUUCCUUCACUCAGAGCCUUCAUUGUCUGGCUGGCUAACGGAGACACCAUCAGAGUCUUUAAUAUGACCAAGAAAGAGGAUGGCACUUUUGCUUAUGUUGGAGGCCCGGAAGACUUCCCCAAACAGCACAAGGCCCCCGUCAUCAACAUUGGAGUUGCCGACACAGGGAAAUUCAUCAUGACAGCAUCCAGCGACACCACCAUCCUCAUCUGGGAUCUGAAGGGGGAAGUCCUGGCCAGCAUCAACACCAACCAGAUGAACAAUGCCUUUGCAGCUGUGUCACCAUGUGGGAGGUUCGUUGCAUCCUGUGGCUUCACUCCAGACGUGAAGGUUUGGGAGGUGUGUUUCAGCAAAAGUGGAGACUUCCGGGAGGUGGCCAGGGCCUUUGAGCUAAAGGGCCACACGGCAGGCGUGUAUUCCUUCUCUUUCUCCAACGACUCCAGGCGGAUGGCAACAGUCUCAAAGGACAGCACGUGGAAACUGUGGGACACGGAUGUUGAAUACAAGAAGCAGCAAGAUCCCUACCUGCUGCUAACGGGCAAAUGUGACGUGGCAGAACCCUGCCGCAUCGCUCUGUCUCCUGACGCCCGAGCGCUAGCCAUCUCCUGUAGCACCAGCAUCUUUGUAUACAACACCAGGGAAGGGAAGGAGGAAGAGCGCUUUGAGAACGUCCACGGGGAGCACAUCACAGACUUGGCUUUCGAUGUGAACAGCCGCUUCCUAGUCUCCUGUGGGGACCGGGCCAUCCGGGUCUUCCACAACACUGCUGGCUACCGGGCAGUGGUGGAAGAAAUGAAGGUUCUGCUGAAGAAAGCCACCAAUGAGUCCACUAAGCAGAGACUGCAGCAGCAGAUCACAGAUGCCCAGAACUCGCUGGAGAGUAUCUACAGCAAGAGCAAGUGACCCUUUAC